AUGGAACAAGCCACCAGUUCUGAACCCACAGCAAACAAACAGUUUCGUGCUUACGUUACACAGCAAAUAUCUUCAAUUCCAACAGCAUCACCAACAUGUGCCAACUUUGCUGAACAACAAGAUGUAGAAGAAGAUCAUGACUAUCACACAAAUGUCAACAUUUAUUGCCCUCAUUGUAAAUCAUUUUUCUGUGAAAACUGUCAUUCGUUAUGUGUUUAUUCUUCCUUGGAAUCCAACAGUAAAAUUCCCAUGUCAAAAAAGAAAACAGUACAGGCCGAACAUUUAAAACAUCAGUGGAAUAUCAAUGAGGAUUAUCAACAAAAUAUCCAACAAGAUGUGAUGCAAUUAUUCAUCGUUACGAACAAUCUGGUUAGUAUGAUACAACGAUGGACAAAUGACACAACUAACGUCAAUCUACAGGACAUUAUUGACCAAUACGAAUUAUUUAAAACAGCCACAAGCAAACAUAUCAUCACUCCCUAUUUCAAUAGAACAUUUUUAGAACCGCUGACCCCUAUUUGUGAAAAAAUUUCUAUUUUCCACAAAGCACAAGAACAGGUCAACAAAUUCUCUGAAAUGUUUAAAAAAUACAAUAACAAAGCUCUUGAUAUAAUGGAUAGCUUUACUUUGGCUUCCACUGAAAUGCGAUCAUUUUGUAAAUCAUACCUUAAGAUUUCUAAUGACAAAAUGGAGGAAUAUUUAUCUCUAGCAAACACAGCAGAAAAGCUUAAAUGGAAUGCCAUUAAUUCCAAAAAUCCAAUGAAGUGUUGUGUUGUGGGAAUUACUAAUUCUGGUAAAACUACUUUAAUGAAUGCAAUUCUUGGAAUGAACCUUUUGCCAAGUAAGGAAGGGAGAUGUACAAUUGCUAAUACAGAAUUAAGAUAUGCAGAUUAUGAUAAACGUAAAAUUGAAAUCAAGGAAGAACAUGGUACUUUCAACACACUUUCUCAAUUUACUUCAGAGUAUCUGAUGCAACAUGAAUCAAUUCCUGAAGAAGUUGUAUCUACUUUUGGUGUUUCUGAAAAAACCAAAUCAGAACAGAAGAAGGAUAGAGAAUCUCAAAAAACUAUAAGAGUUCAUUGGGAUUCUCUCUUGUUAAAAACAGGAAUAGCCUUUAGUGAUACACCUGGAUAUGAUGAUAUUUAUGAAGAGGAAGUUUUAUUCAACACUUACAAAAGACAAUCAAAGAAAAAAGCUUUGCCUAAAAAUGUAAUGGUCAACCCUCAAACAUUAGAAUUUAUUCAAGAAUCUGAACUUGUUAUUCUAGUAGUUGAUAUUAAUCACACAUAUACUUCCAAAGAUGCUGUUCUAAACUUGUUGGACAUUGAUGAAUUAAAAGGCAAACAAAUCAUGGUUGUGAUGAAUAAGUGUAACAUGUUUGGAAGUAUUGGAAAACGUGAAGACAGAGGUUGGGAAAGUUUCAUUCACUAUUGUGAAGAAUAUGAAAAUACAAAAACUGCAUCAUCACCUCCAUUAUUAUUACAAUUUUACAAAAUGGUAAACAAUACUCAUGAAAAAGCUAGAACAACAUUUGAAGCAUGUCUGCUUAAUCAUAUUGAUAUGAUGAGUACAAAAGGUAUUUCUGUAAACCAAAUAUAUCCAUUAUCUGCUAUGGAAUCCCUUUGUUGUAAAGUAGAAGGAACUGAAUUGGAUUUGCCGUUCACUCUAUUUGAAAAAGCACUAUUUAAUAUUAUGGAAGAUAUUACAAAGAAGCGUAUGUCUAAUUUUGCUUCUGUUGCACACUUUUCAGUCAAUACAUUCCUGAGAUCAACUUUGCUAUGCAAAAAUUGGCAUGUAAAGAUGUAUCAAAUGCAACUCGAAAAGAAAAAACAACUGGAGGACAUAUCAAGUCUUGUUGAAAAGUUCAGAGAACGAAUUCAACAAAUUAUUCAAGAUUUAAGGCAGGACAUUAUUGAAGUUUUUGAGAGAACAUCGAGUCAAAGUAGUUCCAAGAAAAUUGAAGAAGCCAUGCAUAUUAUUCACACAAAAGUUUCUGUUGAAUUUAAAGAAUUCUUGAAGGAACGUAUUGCACAAGAUCCCAAGUUAUCUGUUUCAGAUUGGGCCUACAUAAUUUCCAUAACAAUAUUUGCAAUUCCUAUUUCAAUAAUUUUGCUUGGUAUUGCGGUUCUAUUAGUCCCAGUGUUGAUGCCUAUCAUGUUUCCAUAUGUAAUGGUAAAAACAAUUUUGGACAUGGUAACAGAUUUAAAAAAGAAAAAGAAGAGCAAUAUUAUUGAUGAACUAGUUUAUAAAAGUGAGAGAAUUCAAGUAAGUGAGGAAGAAUCAGAUAGUGCUGAAAACGAUACUGAUGACGUUCCAGAAGUACUCUCCACAACAUUAUUGGCUCUUGAUUCACAAAAUCUAGAUGUAAAUCAAGUCAUCCAAAAGAUAAUGCAGAGUUAUCCUGAUAUGUUUUGUCUAGAAAUUGAAAAGCAUCUAAUAUCUAAAGUUGAAAAUGAGUACAACGACAAACUGAAAACAUUUAACUUUGUACUUUGUAAAGAUGGGAAAGAAUUAGCAUUUUUUAAUGCCUGGAAAGAGUUUCAAAAAGAUCAGAAUGGAUGUGAACAGCUUUACAAUUACUAUUGCAAGACUUCAUCUUUGUUUUUUGAUAUUAACACAAAAUUUUCACUUUCAAAUUUGAAAUCUUUUGAAUUUUGUGGACACGGAGCAUUUGGUAAAACCUAUCGUUUAAAUAAUAUUACUGCAAUCAAGUAUAUUUCUACAAUUAAGCUUGCUGAACAUAUUUUAGAUAGAGAACUAUUUUAUAAUUCACAACUUUCACAUGCACAUAUUGUUAAAAGCAUGCUAAUUAAAAAGGAAGAAACUGAAAACGCUUUAAACGGUUACAUUUAUCAAGAGUAUCUCCCACAAACUCUUUCACAAUGGGCUCUGAACAAACCAAUUAACUAUAAGAAAGCUCUUAGAUAUGCUUGUGAAAUAGCACUUGGUAUGAAAUAUAUUCAAUCUUGUAAUAUCAUGCAUAGAGAUUUAGACAAGUCAAACAUUAUGAUUGACAAAUUUGAUCAUAUCAAAAUUAUUGAUCUAGGUGUAGCAAAAGAAAUGGUUGAUAAUGCACACACAGCAAAUCAAGGAAAAUAUAAAACAAUGGCACCAGAAGUAAAACGCUCUGGAUCUGACUUUGCAAUUUAUGAUUUUAGAUGUGACGUUUAUUCCUUCGGAAUAGUGGUUAAAGAAUUGCUUGAUGGUUAUGACAGUAGUGAAAUUUCAUUAUUAUUAGAGAGAUGUUUGGAGAAAGAUUUUAAGAAUAGAAUUGGUGAUUGGAAUGAAAUAAUAUUUACUUUAUAUAAGAGUUAUGAGAUGUAUGAAUUAGAUGUGGAACCAACUGAAUAUUCUAACCAAUUGAAAAUUGAGGUACAGGAAGUUCAAGAAGAAUCACAAAUUGAUAUUGAGGUAUUGAAAAAGGAAUUGAAAGAUAAGAAAAUCAUACCAAAAAAUUGCAUUGUGCAAUAAUUAUAAAAAUUGUUCCAACGAAUUGUUUAUUAC